UGUCCAGUGCAUCUUGAUAUAACACCUGAAAAUCUAGCGUCUUUCAAUCUACGUGCCGAAAUAAAUUCUUCAGGCAAGUUUUUUGUUUUAGUAAUCUGUUUCAACUAAAUGUUGUAUGUGAGAUUACUUUUUUGAUGAAUCUUUAAAGAUAAAUAAUAUAUUAUUUUGUUAAUAGAUGAGACAUUGCCAGAAACAGAACUGUUGUCUAGUGAACAAUCUACAGCUAAUUCUGAAAAUGAAAACUUACAGAAUCGACAGUUUACUGACAUUUUACGUAAGAAAACAUCAUGGAAGGAUGAGUAUGCAGUUAAAACUCUUAUUGACGAAUGGAGAGGACAUGAAAGUUAUUUCAAAAGCACUACUAUUACUAAUAAGAAAGUCUGGGAAAUGAUAGCCAGCAAAUUGAAAAAAGAGAAUCCACUCUGGGAUUAUACUGGUCAGCAAUGCGAAGAUAAAUUUAAGGAUCUGAGGAAACGUUAUGUAAAAAUUAAGGAUCAAAACGAAAAGAGUAGUGGCCUUCCAGUUGCUACGUGCAAGUUUUAUCAAGAGAUGGAUGAAGCUCUUGGUGACAAACUAGCUAUAAAACCGGUAUCCAUAGCUUCAACACUACAAAAGCGUAAUCAACUUGGAACUCGAGAAUCUUCUUCAAGUGCAGUAAGUUCAAGUUCUGUAUGCAAUGUAGAGAGUAGCAGUGACGCUGAAGAUGACAAUGAGCAUGGCUGUAAGUCUCCUAAGUCCAAAAAGAAAAAGAAAAGUGUUAUUGAAAAAAACAUCGAAAGAUUACUCUCCAUAAAAACAGAAGAGUCUAAGAAAAAAGAAGAAGCUCGGCAACAAAGACACAUUGAGCGUAUGGAGCGACAAGAUCGUUCCAUGGAAAUCUUUCAAAGUGCAAUGAACCGACUUUUGGAUAAGUUAUAA